AUGAGUCUACGCAAAUGGUCUGCUAGCCAUCCGGAACUUUCACCAAGUAAAAACGAUUAUGACUUUUCGAGCGCCGAUGAAACAGAAACUUUAGGAGUCAUUUGGCGACCAUCAGAGGACUGCUAUACCUUCAAAAUAUCAGUGGAUGAGAACAACACUUUUACCAAGCGGUCAGUUCUGUCCACCAUUGCAAAAAUUUUCGACCCCCUAGGGAUAGCCGACCCUGUCAUAGCCAAGGCCAAAAUAUUUAUGCGGAAAUUGAACAUUGACUGGGGUGAUCCACUUCCUGCUGCAGAAUCUCAGGAGUGGAGCGAAUUUAUUUCCACGUUGAAAGGUGUGAACAACAUUAAAGUUGAUAGGUGCAUUACAAUAAAACAGUCUAAAACAUUCGAAUUUCAUGGAUUUGCUGAUUCAUCGGAGAGUUGUUAUGGAGCGGUCGUUUAUUGUAAGUCUCUCAACUCUGCAGGUGACAUAAAUGUGAAAUUAGUUGCUAGCAAAUCUAGAGUUGCCCCACUUAAAGCCCUAAGUAUCCCCAGACUGGAACUUUGUGCUGCAGUCUUGUUGUCCAAGUUAAUGAAAAAGAUACUUUCCGCAUUAAAAUUGCAAACAGACAAAGUUUACCUUUGGUCUGAUUCCAUGAUUGUGCUAGCAUGGAUUCAAAAGGAGCCAACGAGUCUUAAGACAUUCGUGAAAAAUAGAAUUGCACUUAUACAAGAACUGACGCUAAAGUCCCAAUGGAAUCAUGUGCCAUCCGAGAUGAAUCCCGCGGACUUGAUAUCCCGAGGAUUGGACCCUGUGAAACUUUUAGAGACAAAUUUAUGGUGGAAAGGCCCUAAUUUCCUUUAUGACAAUGAGUAUCCUAACCAAAACUUUCCUGUGUCGCAAGAACUGAGUGUCUUCCAAAGUGAACUUAAAAAGCCUUCAAGCUUAGACGUUGAAGAUCCCUUAAAAGCCUUCACAUUAACAUCCAACAAUUUUGUGCAUGAACUAAUUGGCUUGAGAUCUUCAGGACCUCUGAGCAAUGAGGAGAUCAACGCCUCCGAGCGGUUCCUGUUGAGAGUAAUACAGAACGAGCAAUUUGGAUCAGAAAUUCGGAGUCUCAAACUGCACGGGAAGGUGUCUCCUACGAGUAAGAUAAGAAAUUUGAACCCUCUUUUAGAUUCAAAUGGAGUUUUAAGAGUUGGAGGACGAUUAGGUAACACUGAAUUGAAUUUUCUUAAAAAACAUCCUGCAAUACUCCCUAAAAAUAGUCCUUUAACUUCUGUUAUUAUUUCGACAUAUCAUCUUAAAUAUUUGCAUAUUGGUCCAAAUGGUUUAUUAAACUGUGUAAGAGAAAAAGUUUGGCCCUUGUGUGGCCGUUCUCUAUGUAGAAGAAUUACUCAUAAUUGUGUUGUUUGUGUUAAAAAUAAACCCAUUGCUGCUACGCAAAUAAUGGGAAAUCUACCUAGAGAAAGAGUUGUGCCAGAUUUCGCAUUCAUUUGCUCUGGUGUUGACCUAACUGGUCCGUUUUUCAUUAAAUGUAAACAGCAAAGAAAAGCAAUUUCUCUAAAGGUGUAUAUUUGCUUAUUCAUAUGUUUUGUAUCUAAAGCAGUGCAUAUAGAGAUAGUUUCUGAUUUGACAUCCGAGUCUCUAAUUGCCACGUUGAAGAGAUUCAUCGCGCGUAGAGGCAAAUGUGCCAAACUGUUUUCAGACAACGCGACGAAUUUCGUUGGCGCUAACAAGGAGUUAAAAAAAUGUUUAAAUUUAUUCAAAAAUCCUGAUGAAAAAUUGGCUAACUAUCAAUCCGCUGAAGGCAUAGAGUGGAGUUUUAUCCCGCCUAGAGCCCCCAACUUUGGUGGUCUCUGGGGGGCAGCAAUUAAGUCGUUUAAAUACCAUUUUAAAAGAGCUGUAGGUAAUGCCUCUUUAACUUACGAAGAAUUGCAUACUAUAGCCACUCAAAAUGAAAGCAUUUUGAAUAGUAGACCGAUAACUCCGCUAUCCGCGGAUGAAACCGACUUAGAAGUUUUAACACCUGCGCAUUUCCUGAUAGGGAGAACAAUGAACGCCAUAAUUGAACUGGAGUUGACAAAUUUAAAGGAAAAUAGGUUAUCCAGGUGGCAAAGAAUAACCAAAUUAGUACAAUUAAUUUGGAGAAAGUGGCAACGAAGCUACCUAAGUGAACUGCAGCAACGUGGCAAGUGGAGAUUCGAAAAGGACAAUGUCAAAAUCGGUAGUCUAGUCUUAAUUAUUGAGGAUAAUUUACCAGCUAAUAAAUGGUUAAUGGGAGAAUACUUAAAGUGUUUUAUGGCACUGAUAAGAAAAUCAGAGUUGUAG